CCGGGCUUCUCCGGUGGCCACUCGCUCAUCCACUUCCGGCUCUGUCCGCAUGUGGCGUUCCCUCGUUUGUUCUCCGAUGUCGACACUUGGGUGUCUGAAAGUUCCGAGGUUGGAGGGAAAGACCUGGGUUGACAGCUCUUCAGAGUUUAGAAGGGGUCAGAGCACCCAUCUCCUAGGACCCCCAAUUUCCUGCUGUGUGAAGAGGUGCUUUUCCUGCUCUGAGGAUGCACCCUCUCGCCCCAGUUCACCAGGCAUUUAAAUGUGAACAAGAAAUCUGUUUCCACGGAGCUCAGCUUCUCAAGGGGAGUUGAGGUCACCCUCCCUCAGGGAGAUGAGCCCACCAGCCAGCUCCUGGGUUCUGGUCCACGAGCUUCUAGCAGGUGCUUCCUCCCAGUACACUUCCACAGGACCAAAGCAGAGCCACAAAGGCUGCUGUUACACUAUUCUGCAGGGAGGAGAGUGUUUCCCAGCUGGCAAGGGCCCCAGGAGCAGUGGCUGUGGGAAGCAAAUUGCUGCAGGUCGUAAGCCAUGGCCUGGACUUCUAUUCUGAUCAUGCUGCUGGCCCACCUCACAGGUUGUGGCCCUCAGCUCGUGUUGCAUCAACCACCAUCUGCCUCUUCCUCGCUUGGAACCACCAUUCGUCUCACCUGUGCCCUGAGCAGCAACCAUAACAUCGAUAUUUACAGUAUUUACUGGUACCAGAUGAGGCCGGGUCACCCUCCCAGGUUCCUGCUAAGACAUUUCUCACACUCAGACAAACACCAGGGUCCCAAUAUACCCGCUCGCUUCUCUGGAUCCAAAGACGUGGCCAGGAACCUGGGGUAUCUGAGCAUCUCUGAACUGCAGCCUGAAGACGAGGCUGUGUAUUACUGCUCCAUGGGGCCCCGGAGCCAGGAAAGGGAGAAGUGGAUGGAGAGGGAGAGAGGAGGAGAAAAGUUGUUCCAGAUUCGGGAUCCCAGGCUCUAGAGACAUUCAGACCCUGAACUUUAGGUGCAGUUUGCUUUGCUCGGCUAGGCUGGUAUAGGGAGGAGGGGUAGAGCAUGGGGCUUUGCAGAGCCAAGGACAUGGAGCCAUUCAGCUUUCCCUUGUCUUGCAGUGUUGCUGUGAGCCCCACUGGAGGCUGGGUUAUAGAAUUAAAGCUGUUUCUCUGA